GUAUGUGUGCUGGAGAGACAGAUAUUUGAUUUCCUGGGUUAUCAGUGGGCACCAAUCCUGGCAAAUUUUGUACACAUUAUUAUAGUCAUACUUGGCUUAUUUGGAACCAUCCAGUAUAGACCUCGCUACAUAACAGGAUAUGCUGUCUGGCUAGUCCUGUGGGUUACAUGGAACGUAUUUGUUAUAUGUUUCUACUUGGAGGCUGGGGACCUAUCAAAGGAAUCAGAUCUUAUUUUGACUUUCAAUAUCUCAAUGCACCGUUCUUGGUGGAUGGAGAAUGGGCCUGGCUGCACAGUGACAUCUGUGACCCCAGCCCCGGACUGGGCCCCAGAGGACCAUCGCUACAUCACUGUCUCAGGGUGUGUUCUUGAAUACCAAUACAUAGAAGUGGCUCACAGUUCCCUACAGAUCUUUCUGGCACUGGCAGGAUUCAUCUACGCCUGUUAUGUUGUGAAAUGCAUCACCGAAGAAGAGGACAGCUUUGAUUUCAUAGGAGGAUUUGACUCUUACGGCUAUCAAGGCCCUCAGAAGACAUCUCAUUUACAACUACAGCCCAUGUACAUGUCAAAGUGACAUGAGUAAAGCAUGUGGUUGAGUGGAAGGACCUGUCCAAGGACUUAUUCCAGCAUGACCUCCUAUGGGUUGCAAAGAGUGAAAGAAGUCCCAACUUUUUCUGUUUCAGUACAUACAGGACCAGGCAUACUUGGAGUCCGAAGCAUCUCUUUCUAAC